GAUAGUAGAAGUACAGCAGCUGAUGGCAGCUUUCUCUGCCUCACACUGCUGUCUGGCUGCAUUCACACUGAUAUAUAACAGAGAAUAACAGCCAAUCACAGGAGGAGCAGCUGAUAUUUAGGAUGUGACAGGAGAAAUGAUGUAAAGGAUGAUCUGUGUUUCCUCUCCAGAUGAAGGUAGAAAGUGUGUGUGACUGAUGUGGAUGUGACUUCAGCAGCAUGGAUCAGAGUGAGGACAGAGAGGAGGGAGUCCCUCCCUCUAAAAGCUCUCUGUGUGGGGAACAUGACAGCCAGACCAAAGCUCAGAGAAGAACAAGGAGGCAGCACAGACCAGACUCUGCUGGACCUGGACCUGGACCUGGACCCAGCUGUGUCUCUGUGAAGAGUGAUCGGUCAAAGGGUGAACUCAUUUAUUUUAAAGAACAACGUCCGGCUGCAACAAGGAGGAAGCUGGACCAACCUGAACCCAGCUGUGUGUCUAUGAACAGUGAUUGGUCUAUGGAUCAUCCUUAUACCUUCAAAGAUGGACGCCACUCUGAUGAUCACAGUGUGGACCAGGAGAGCUCAGAGGUUCCCAGUGGUCAGUCUGCCCAGCAGCAUCAAACACAGCUGGACUCCAUAUUUAUGCUGCUGGAGGAGAACAUCGUCACUUUUGUGAAGAACGAGCUGAAGAAGAUGCGGAAGGUUCUGAGUUCAGAUUACCCAGAAUGCUUAGAGAGUCAGAGGGAGGAUCAGGAAGUGUUGGACGUUGAGGAGAAAGAGCAGAGGAGGAGAAGCAGAGACGCAUUUCUGAAGAUCACAGUGCACUUCCUGAGGAGAAUGAAGCAGGAGGAUCUGGCUGAGCGUCUGCAGAGCAGAACUCCUGCUGGCAGGUGUCGACGUAAACUCAAGUCUAACCUGCAGAAGAAGUUCCAGUGUCUGUUUGAGGGGAUCGCUAAAGCAGGAAACCCAACCCUUCUGAAUCAGACCUACACACCGCUCUACAUCACAGAGGGAGGGACUGCAGAGGUCAAUGAUGAACAUGAGGUCAGACAGAUUGAAACAGCAUCCAGGAAACCAGACAGACCAGAAACAAUCAGACAAGAAGACAUCUUUAAAGCCUCACCUGGAAGAGAUGAACCAAUCAGAACAGUGAUGACAAAGGGAGUGGCUGGCAUUGGGAAAACAGUCUUAACACAGAAGUUCACUCUGGACUGGGCUGAAGACAAAGCCAACCAGGACAUACACUUCACAUUUCCAUUCACUUUCAAAGCGCUGAAUGUGCUGAAAGAGAAAAAGUACAGCUUGGUGGAACUUGUUCAUCACUUCUUUACUGAAACCAAAGAAGCAGGAAUCUGCAGGUUUGAAGAGUUCCAGGUUGUGUUCAUCUUUGACGGUCUGGAUGAGUGUCGACUUCCUCUGGACUUCGACAACACUGAGAUCCUGACUGAUGUUACAGAGUCCACCUCAGUGGAUGUGCUGCUGACAAACCUCAUCAGGGGGAAACUGCUUCCCUCUGCUCGCCUCUGGAUAACCACACGACCUGCAGCAGCCAAUCAGAUCCCUCCUGAGUGUGUUGACAUGGUGACAGAGGUCAGAGGGUUCACUGACCCACAGAAGGAGGAGUACUUCAGGAAGAGAUUCAGAGAUGAGGAGCAGGCCAGAACCAUCAUCUCCCACAUCAAGACAUCACGAAGCCUCCACAUCAUGUGCCACAUCCCAGUCUUCUGCUGGAUCACUGCUACAGUUCUGGAGGAUGUGUUGAAAAGCAGAGAGGGAGGAGAGCUGCCCAAGUCUCUGACUGAGAUGUACAUCCACUUCCUGGUGAUUCAGUCCAAACUGAAGAACGUCAAGUAUGAUGGAGGAGCUGAGACAGAUCCACACUGGAGUCCAGAGAGCAGGGAGAUGAUUGAGUCUCUGGGAAAACUGGCUUUUGAGCAGCUGCAGAAAGGCAACCUGAUCUUCUAUGAAUCAGACCUGACAGAGUGUGGCAUCGAUAUCAGAGCAGCCUCAGUGUGCUCAGGAGUGUUCACAGAGGUCUUUAAAGAGGAGAGAGGGCUGUACCAGGACAAGGUGUUCUGCUUCGUCCAUCUGAGCAUUCAGGAGUUUCUGGCUGCUCUUCAUGUCCAUCUGAUAUUCAUCAAGUCUGGAGUCAAUCUGCUGGCAGAACAACAAACAACAUCCCAGUCACAUUUCUACCAGAGUGCUGUGGACGAGGCCUUAAAGAGUCCAAAUGGACACCUGGACUUGUUCCUCCGCUUCCUCCUGGGUCUUUCACUGCAGACCAAUCAGACUCUCCUACAAGGUCUGAUGACACAGACAGGAAGUAGCUCACAGACCAAUCAGGAAACAGUUGAGUACAUCAAGAAGAACCUCAGUGAGAAUGUGUCUGCAGAGAGAAGCAUCAAUCUGUUCCACUGUCUGAAUGAACUGAAUGAUAGUUCUCUAGUGGAGGAGAUCCAACAGUCCCUGAGUUCAGGACGUCUCUCCACAGAUAAACUGUCUCCUGCUCAGUGGUCAGCUCUGGUCUUCAUCUUACUGUCAUCAGAAAAAGAUCUGGAUGUGUUUGACCUGAAGAAAUACUCUGCUUCAGAGGAGGCUCUUCUGAGGCUGCUGCCAGUGGUCAAAACCUCCAAAAAAGCUCUGUAA